AUGGAUGUCGAACUCGAAACCAAGAAGACCGCGGGUGGCGAUACCACCAUCCAAAAUGUCAACACGUCCGAGUCGGUGCAGUUUGAGAAGCCUGGUGAUGCAGACCCUGUUCCACUGAGGAGGAUCCCCGACAAGAUGCCCAAGCUGGCUCUUCUGAUUCUGGCUGUCGAGCUCGGUGAACGCUUCACCUACUUUGGUCUGAGUGGUCCUAUCCAGAACUACAUCAACAAUCCCUACGCGCCAGGUUCAGAUCUCCCCGGAGCCCUCGGCAAGGGUCAAGCCGUGGCAACCGCCUUGGGCAACUUCUUCAAGUUCUGGGCCUACACCUCCACCAUCAUCGGCGCCAUUGUCGCGGACCAAUAUCUAGGCAAAUACCGCGCUAUCCUCCUCGCCGGUACCAUCUACACCUGCGGCCUCGUUAUCCUCGUCGCCACCUCGACGCCCGCCGGUAUUAACAGCGGCGCCGGUCUCGGUGGGCUCAUCGCCGCCAUGGUCACGAUUGGCCUUGGUACUGGGGGCAUCAAAGCCAACGUGACGCCCAUGUGCGCUGAGCAAUACGCCAACUCUGGACCGGUGCUCAAGAGACUCAAGUCUGGAGAGCAGGUCAUUGUUGACCCUGAGCUGACUGUUGGGCGGCUGUUCAUGUGGUUCUAUUGGGUGGUGAACAUUGGGGCCUUGUCACCACUGAUCACUGUCACGGUGGAAGCUCGCCACUCCUUCUGGCUGGCCUAUCUCAUCCCUCUCAUUGCUAUCCUUCUGUCAUUGGGAGUCUUCCUCCUCGGACGAAACAAGUACAGCAAGGUCCCUCCCAUGGGCUCCGCCAUCCUCGACGCCGUCCGCACCGUUCGAAUCGCCAUCCAGGAGCGCAGCUUCGACAACGCAAAGCCAUCUUCGCUCCGUGAACAUGGUCACCAGGACAAGUAUCCGAUCGCCCGCCAAGAACGGUACACAGACGAGUACGUUGGUGAGGUCAGGACGGGACUCAGGAGCUGCAAGAUGUUCCUCUUCUUCCCAUUCUACUUCAUCUGCUGGAACCAAAUGUGGAACAAUCUCAUCUCGCAAGCCGGUCAGAUGGCACUGCACGGCACACCCAACGACCUUCUCCAGAACCUGGAUCCCAUCGCGCUCUGCAUCUUCAUCCCCUUUCUGGAUAUCAUCGUCUACCCUCUCCUCCGAAAGUAUAGGAUCAACUUCGACCCCGUGACCCGUAUCUUCGUCGGGUUCAUGACCGCCUCCCUCUCCAUGGUCUACGCCUCUGUGUUGCAGCAUUACAUCUACAACUCGCCACCAAAGAGCAUCCACGUCUGGAUCCAAGCGCCUAGCUAUAUCCUUGUAGCAUUCUCUGAAGCCUUCUUCAUCAUCACUGGUCUGGAGUUGGCAUUCACACAGGCCCCCAAGACGCUUCGCUCCGUCGUCUCUGCCCUGUUCUGGCUCACCAUCGGCAUUGCAGCUGCUAUCUGUAUUGCCCUCAGUGCUGUAUCGCAAGAUCCUUAUCUGGUGUGGAUGUACGGGUCUCUCGCUAUCGUUGGCUUCGUUGCGGGCUGUGCGUUCUACUGGUGCUUCUACCCUAAGAAGAGGUGA